AUGUCUGCGACUAUGAAGGCCGUCGUCUUUGACGGACCCGGCAGGGUCUCGAUCCAGGACCGUCCGAUACCGCAGCUUGAGAACGACCAUGACGUCAUUGUCAAGGUGCAGGCCACGGCGCUCUGCGGGUCGAACGCCAGCGAGCUCCAUGUCUUCCGCGGCCACCAGCCGUCGGCCACCGGCUUCAUCAUGGGCCACGAGUUUGUCGGCGUCGUGACCGAAAAGGGCGCGGCCGUCAAGACGGUCGAGAUUGGCGACAAGGUCGUCUCGCCCUUCACCACGUCGUGCCAAACGUGCUUCUACUGCCAGAACGAAAUGUCGUCGCGCUGCAACGAGUCCCUGCUGUUUGGCUGCCCCAAGCUCGACGGCGGCCAGGCCGAGUUCGUGCGCGUCCCCAACGCCGACGGCACCGUCGUCCAGGCGCCGGCCCACGUCGACGACAAGGCCCUCGUGCUCAUGGCCGACAUUUUCCCCACGGGCUACUUUGGUGCGCGCAACGCCUUCCGCCUGCUGGCGCCCAACGUGCAGCCCGAGGACGCCGUCAUCGUCGUCGUCGGCUGCGGCCCUGUCGGCCUCUGCGCCAUUGUGGCGGCGCUGGAGCACAAGCCCAAGCACCUGUUUGCCGUCGACAGCGUGCCGAGCCGUCUGGCGCUGGCCAAGCAGCUGGGCGCGGAGCCGCUCAAUUUCGUGGAGGACAAGGAGCGGAUGGUGCAGCGGGUGCAAGAGGUGACCGAGGGCCGGGGCGCGGAUGCGGUGGUCGAGGUGGUCGGGUUGAGCCCGGCGCUGCGGACGGCCUUUGACCUGAUCCGGCCGUUUGGUGUGAUCAGCUCGAUUGGCGUGCACAAUGCCGAGAUUCCCUGGGACGGCAACGAGGCCUACAACAAAAAUGUUCGCGUGCAGAUGGGCCGCUGCCCUGUGCGUUCCAUCUUUUCCGAUGCGCUCGCGGUGCUGGCCAAGAAGCAGGACAAGUUCAGCUUCAUGUUUGACAAGAUCAUGCCGCUCACCGACGCCGCCGAGGGCUAUGAUCUGUUCAACAACAUGAAGGUCCAGAAGGUCGUGUUCACAGUGUAG